AUGGCGAGUCCCCUCACCUACCCCAAGGCCAAGGGCACGACUGUCAAUCGCUACAACAACAGAGCCACAUACGAUGUCAAGGCCAUCCAUUCCAUCGUCAACGAAAGCUCGGUGCUUCACGUCGCCUUCGCUCCCGAUGUCGAGGACCCGUUCCCGGCUAUUCUACCCAUGAUCGGGACAAUGGGGUCCUUUGACUACCCGAGUGCUGGUCUUGACGAGCCAUUGGACUGUUAUCUGCACGGCUAUGUUAGCUCGCGCAUCAUGAGGCUAGCUGCAUCUUCGCCACAGGGUUUGCCUGUCAGCAUUGCUGCAACGAAGGUCGACGGCCUUGUUCUUGCCCUCACGCCCAACGCAAACAGUUACAACUAUCGAAGUGCGAUACUCCACGGCUAUGCCAGUAUUGUUGAGAAAACGGAAGAGAAAUUGUGGGCGAUGGAGCUGAUCACGAAUUCUGUUGUUCCAGACAGAUGGAAGAACUCCAGGGUCCCACCGGACAGCGCGGAGAUGCAGUCCACGAAAAUCCUCAGGGUCAAGAUCACUGCAGCAAGUGGCAAGGUGAGGGAAGGUGGUCCGCAUGACGAGGCGAAGGAUACCACGCGAGAGGACGUGACAGGGAGCACCUGGAUCGGAGUGGUGCCUGUUGUGGAGAAGCUUUGCGAGCCGAUACCAGCCUCCCAAAACAAAAUCGGCGAGCUCCCUAACUACAUUGCAGACUAUGUUGCAGAUAUGAACGCUAAUGCCGAGGCAUAUGCAUUGAAUGCAGCUCGAUUACCAUGA